UAUAGAUAUUUAUGAAAUAGAAAUGAAUAAUAUUAUGCAGGUGUUUAUUUUGUUCAUUUUAAUCUCAUUUUCUGGAUGUUCAUUCUUCAUCGGACUCCCAGAAAGCAGCUGGACAACAAGUUCCCAGGUGUGCACACUUCCAGGGAUAGAAAUGAUAAACACCGAUGACGUAUUUAAUAGAUCAUCAGACUAUGUGGUGUAUAAGGGAGUAGAAAAGGCUUGGACAGGAACAGUGGUUAAACACACAAGAUGGGCUGCGUUUAUAGGAUGUGGCAGAAGUCUUUCCCAUUUGAAUUCGGGGAUAAGUGUAAAAACAGCUGAAGACUGCUUACGACAUUGUUCCGAACAUGUAACUGCUACACACUUUGUCAUUAAGGACUCUAGCUGCUAUUGCCUUUCUCAUCCUCAUCAACCUAAAAUCAAUGGUGAUAUAAAUGACUGCAGGAUGCAAUGUACCAACGCCAGCUACACUCCUUGUAGCUCCGGUCGGUCAGCCCUGGUGUUUACAUUUGUUGAAGAUUUAAGCACGAACCCAACAAAAAAGUACAUAGAAAACGAGUGUCUUACAACAACCAAAGACAAAAGCAAGUUUGUUGUCAGUGACUGCAAUGAAGACAAUUUAUAUGGAUGUAACAAUAAUUCAUUUGUUACAAUAAAACUAUCUUGGUAUGCAUAUCAAGAAAAAUGCUUGGAAGACAAAAGUUUCAUACUGUACCAAAAAGAUACAAUACCAAAAAAGGCUCCUGCAGAAAAAUAUUAUUGGACUCCGAUUUUUAGAACACAUACAGUUGUUACUGGUAAACUUACCAAAGAAGAUGGAGAAUCGUGUCUUGCAGUGUCGACAGUGGAAACGAACAAUUAUUUAACUGUGGAAAAUUGUACUACUAGGUUGCCAUUCAUAUGUUCAGAAAAAGUUAAAAGAAACGCAUUCGAUAACAGUACACCCAAUAAAAGUCCACGCUUCGUAACUCUUCCUUUAGCUGUUAUAGUAGCAGUCAGUUUGCUUGUUUUUGUCCUGAUAUUUGUAAUGAUUAUAAUCAGUAUCAAAGCAUUUCGAAAAAUACGAAUCUAUCAAGAAAUUUUAAAGAGUGUUAAUGAAAGGUUACCAGGUACCGAAUUUUCAAAUUAUACCGGAAUAGAAGAUACUAACGAAGAGAUAAAUGAUUCUGGAUAUAAAGAAUUGUCUGAAAACGUUUUACAACCUUCAGCAAACAGUCAUGAAGAGAUGAUAAAUACAUCAGAAGACACGUUGGAUUACCAAGGUUAUUUGGUACCGGAACAGCACUACCACACUAUUCCGGAUGUGGAAGUACAUUACGCAGCAGCAAAUGUAGAAGAAAGAAAUCCAUACAAAGAACAUUUCGAUAAAGAUGACUAUUUAGAACCCAUAAUAUGA